AAUAUUCCUAAACUAACGCUUGAGCAAAAACGCAUUUACGAUCAAAUAAUGAAAAACAUCAAUAACGGGAUUGGAGAAAUCUUCUUCUUAGAUGCGCCAGGAGGAACUGGUAAAACGUUCCUAAUUAGAUUGAUUCUGGCAGCAAUUCGAUCCCAAAAUGACAUAGCCUUAGCUCUUGCGUCGUCCGGAAUAGCUGCGACAUUGCUACCUGGUGGAAGAACUGCUCAUUCCGCUUUGAAAUUGCCAUUAAACAUACAAGUCAUUGAAACACCCACAUGCAACAUUUCCAAAGCAUCCGGCAUGGGAAAAAUAUUACAAAAAUGCAAACUUAUUGUUUGGGAUGAAUGCACAAUGGCACACAAAAAAUCACUCGAGGCUCUUGAUAGGUCAUUGCAAGAUUUGCGUGGAAACAUCAGACCAUUUGGGAACGCAUUAAUAUUGCUUGCAGGAGAUUUCAGGCAAACAUUACCAGUAAUUCCU